GUUGUUAAUACCAUCAGAACUAUGUCGGGUAGUGUCACAACCCUGGAAGCACCUGAUGGUGGCUGGGGCAUAUUUGUUUGCAUAGGCAUGGCAAUGCCAUUUAUUAGUGGUCUUGCUGCUUUGCCCUCUUUUGGUUUAAUUUUUGGUGACUUUCUUAAAAGUAUUUCUGCUGAAACUAGUGCGAUUGCUUUCAUUACAAGUGCGUUUUUCUGUGCAUUCAGCUUUGCCGGUUUAUUCUCAGGAUCAUUAUUUAAUCGUUUUGGAUUGCGGAAUGUGGGAAUACUCGGUGGUGUACUAUAUUUUUUGGGCUCAUUUUUUCAAAUAUUUGUUACGUCUACAACAACACUUUUACUUUCAUUCAGUUUAAUACAAGGUGUAGGCUUUGGACUUAUUGUACCGACGUCGUAUACUACAUUCAAUAACUAUUUCGUUAAAAAACGCGUUAUGUGGAUGAGUUUUGCGCAAUCACUUAUUGGCGUUGGUACUAUGGUUUAUCCUGUGCUUAUGCAGAAAUUAAUGGAAUCAUAUGGAUUUCGUGGUUGUUUAUUAAUACUAUCAGCUAUUAACGCGCAUGCAAUUUUGGGUAUGGUACUAAUGCAACCAGUGGAAUGGCAUAUGCGACGCAUACAAGUAGUAGACCAAGAAUUGGUGGAGAAGAUAAUUAAUUCAAAACAAAAUAAUUUAAUUGAAAUUAAAAAAAACACGGUCGAAAAGAAUAACAAGGAGAAGCUUAACAUAAUAGAAACUAGAAAUAGUGUAGUGCCAAGUAACAAUGUUCAACCCAAUAGUUUAAAGGAAACAGAAGUUGAUGCCGAUAAUGGUAAUCAUUUGUCGCCUCUUAUGGUUUACAGUCGUAAGAGUUCAUAUAAAUUUUCAAAAGAAGACUUAAAAAUACUUGCCAGUCGUUCAUCUAGCAUAACCAGUUUAGGUAAUUGGACUGGACCAAUAAUUGUUAGUGAUGCAUCUCCAGAGAUGACACAUUUCCCUACUUCACAACGUUCGUCGGUAAUUAGUAGUAUUAAAGGACCAAUUCAAUUACGCAAAAGUAACUGGCAGUAUAUUAUCGAUUUCCUCGAUCUAACAUUAAUGAAAAAUCCAAUAUAUGUUAACAUCGUUUUAGGUAUCUCAUUUGCUUUAUACUCAGAUAUAGCAUUUUUUACACUACAACCAAUUUAUAUGUUUGAAUUGGGUUUUAGCAAACCAGAUACAGCUAGUAUAAUCGCUAUAGGAGCCGCUGCAGAUUUAAUAUCACGCAUAUUUCUUGCAUUCUCAGCGGUGUUUAUUCAAAUGCCAUCCCGCUAUAUUUAUUUAGCUGGCUCUUUUUUCACAGUUAUCUCAAGAUUUGCAUUUCUACAUGUAUUUGAUUUUACUGGUAUGGCUUUAAUAACAGCAGUAAUGGGUUUCUUAAGAACUUGGAUUCAUGUACCACUACCUCUAGUGUUUGCUGAGUUUUUACCAAAAGAAAGAUUUGCUACCGGUUAUGGACUCUUUAUGUUUUUACAAGGAAAUAUAAUGUUUGCCAUUGGUCCACUUAUUGGCUAUUUACGAGAUAAGACACAAGAUUACAAUUUAACAUUUCAUUGCCUUAACAUUUUUAUGGCUCUUUGUGCAGUGCCUUGGCUUAUUGAAAUUAUUUGUGUUAAAUUUCGAAGAAAGAAUAAA